CAUUACCGCCCUUUUCCGGGGCGAGAGAAACCGGUCGCUGGGCCGGAAGCGCGGCAGCCCUCGGGUUCGAGACAACGGCGCCGUUUAAGGCAGAGCGAGCGCCCUGGAACCAUUGGGGCCGCUAGAUUCUUCAGCCCGGCUCCCGCCCAAAUUGGAGAAAACCUACAAAAUUCUGGCGGCCUGUGGGAGGGCGCUGAGUCGGACGGCGAAGCGCACGGCGCCCCCGACACCGCGGAGCGCCUGGGGCGCCGGAAGCCCGCCCCUGGGCGGAGUCAGAGGCCUUUGGGGAAGGACCUCAGCCCGGCCCCCAGCCGAGCGCGCCGGCCAUGGCCGAGCCCCCGGGGGCCGGCGCCGCGGCCCUGCGCGUAGCUGCCGCUGCCAACUGGCUGGUCGUGCGCCGACGCCGCGUGGAACAUUUCCCACGAGUGUUGGAGUUCCUGCGGUGUCUGCGCGCCGCAGCUCCUGGCUUGGUUCGCUACCGCCACCACGAGCGCCUGUGUAUGGGCCUGAAGGCCAAGGUGGUGGUGGACCUGAUCCUCCAGGGCCGGCCUUGGGCCCAGGUUCUGAAUGUCCUGCAUCACCACUUUCCAGAGUCUGGACCUGUAGUGCGGGACCCCAAAGCUACAGAGCAGGAUCUGAGGAAGAUCUCGGAGGCACGGGAAGCCUUCUGCCAGCAGGUGAAGUUGCUGGCAGAGGCCCCUGUGGAUUUGGCUUGGAAGUUGCAGGAACUUGAACAAGAGUACGGGGAACCCUUUCUGGCUGCUAUGGAAAAGCUGUUUUUUGAAUACUUGUGUCGGCUGGAGAAAGCACUGCCUACCCCACAGACACAGCAGCUUCAGGAUGUGCUGAGUUGGAUGCAGCCUGGAAUUUCUAUCACUUCUUCUUUUGCUUUGAGCCAAUAUAGUGUGGACAUGGGGUGGCCACUUCCAGAGUGCUCUGUUACUAAUUCAGUGAACAUGUCAGAGCCCACGGAGCCCAGUCCUCCUCAGCAACCAAGACCAGCACUCCAUCAGCCUGUGCCAAAAGCCAAGCCUGGCCCACACCUUCCUCACGGAGCAGCGUCAAGAAAGCACCCAGAACCUUUGGCUGGCCACCACUUCAAUCUGGCCCCUCUAGGCCAGCGAAGAACCCAGUCCCAGUGGGCAUCCAGUAGGGGAGGUCAUAAGGAGCGCCCCACAGUCAUGCUAUUCCCCUUUAGGAAUCUGGGUUCACCAACCCAGGUCAUAUCUAAACCUGAGAACAGGAGAGAACAAGGGACACACAUGGCAGUUCCAGCAGGUGACGUCAGCACGAGAACAGCCUCCACUGGAAAGUCUAGGAGUCCACCCCAGACCCUGGGCGGAGGGACUGUGAAGGAGAACCCAGUUGACUUGUCAGCCUCGGAGCAAAAGGAGGAUUGCUGGGACUGCCCCAUGGAGCCCCUGAGACUGUCAUUAUCACCUCCUAGGGCCAGGAAGCCAGUGUGUCCCCCAUCUCUGUGCAGCCCUGUCAUUACCAUAGGGGACUUGGUUUUGGACUCUGAUGAGGAAGAGAAUGGCCAGAGGGGAGGAAUGGAUCCUCCUACGGUGCCCUCCCAGUGUCCUUACCGAAAGCCUUGGCCACAUCCCCAGGAGAGCUGCAGCCUCCGUCCUGCAAAGUAAGAAGCAACGUGAAGAAACAGCAUGGAUUUCCCAAGCCCUCUCAGCAGUGUCCCAACAGUCCACCUCAAGGCUGACUGGAACCCAGGAGUCCUGAUCCACCUCUAUCAGAGCUUCUACACCCAGUAGAAAACCCAGAUGUUUGGCAGCCUCAUGCCCUGCUCUCCCCUUGGACCUUACUGAAAUGAUGUGGCCUUUGAGGCCAUGAGCAGCAUCUGCACACUCCAUCACUGCACUAAGCUGUGGGUACCCGACUCCAGUUUUCUUCCGGGUGGUACACACAGAGCCUGAGAAGAAUGACAAGGAUGAGAGAGAAGUGCUCCAUAGCUCUGUGCCACUGAAAAGAGCCAAUGUCCCCCAGUAAGCCAGCUUACCUGGUCCAAUUCCCACUUUGAUGAUGUCAGCACCAGAGAGGAUCAGCUCUUCCACCAUCUCUCCUGUUACCACAUUCCCUGCCUAAGACAGAGCAAUCAAAACAGCAUUCUUAGGGUCAGAAAUGAAGUUGUGUGCUCAUAUGUAGCAGGCCUGGACCAGGUCCUUCCAACAUUAUUACAAAGGGUACUGGCUUCCCUCUGCUGGGCCCUCUGAGAGCUUUUAGAUCAGCCACUUCAAAGGGUCCUGCUUCCCCGGGUGAGGUAAGGGGGUUAGUCACCAGUGUCACUGUUGCAUUAGGGUAAAGCUGGGAUCCAACUGGACCAAGAUGAAUUCUGAUUUACCAGAGACCCAAAAAUGUCCUGCCUUUAAGCUGUUAAGUGAUAAACCCUCUCUGGCUUAGGGGAAAAGGGAAGACAUGAUGUAGGCUAUAUACCCAUCUACAUAGCUGUAUUUGCUUCUUUUGUUUUUUUGUUUUGUGUAUAUGCUUCUGAUGAACAGAAAAGAGAGCUCCCUCAAUGCUGUGAAGAAAAUGAGGUCUUGUAGUCAUUCCCCUAAGCUUGUAAAAAAAUACAUGUGAUCUCUUUAAUAGGACUGUAGUAUGUUCAUUUCAGUAGGCAGGUAGACAUAUAUCACAGGUAUGUACAAUGCAUAAGCACAUCAUGAUUUGGUGAGUAACAUCAGGAACACUGGAUUUACAAAGACAAUGUAUCAAGAGUCGGAGAUUGCAAUGACCAAUAAGCAUUUUAAGCAUGGCACCUUGGAUAAUCACCGAGUGACAUGAUUAAGCAGACGAGGAAAAUCAAAAUGCAGCAGAGGAGAAAUGCACUGAUGUAACAAAAAGGAGUGGCACAAAAGGGAAAGAAGGAGAGGAACGUACCAUCUACAGGGUAAUAGAAACAUACCAUGAUGGUGUGGCCAGGGAAGCGUUUCCGCACAUCCUUCACAAAUUCAACGAAGUGUUCAGAGUAGCCAUUUGCCACGUCCAGGCAUAUAUAUUUCACCUGAGGAAUACCUUCCAGGAUCUGUUCUAGCUGCUCAAAGUCAGAAGAGCCUGUGCCUGAGCUGGCAGCCAGAUGCUGUGGGAGAAGCAGGGGCAUUGGCAUGGGAGGCAUUAGACAGCUGUGGCAUGUUUGGAAAAACCUGAUGAGCAGUCUAAGAGUUGAUCCCCAGGAAGCCAAGAAAAAAACUGUGGGAAAAUGGGAUAAGAAGGGAUCACGGGAGGGCCAGUAUUACCUCAAGACAGUCAGGAUUCUGGCUGGCAAACUCUUUCCACUGCUCCAGGCUGUAGUGUUUGUGGACAGCAGUGAAGAGGGAGAACUGAGGAGAAGAAAGAGCCAUCAAAAAGGAGAGAACUUUAUUAGGAUUUCUUUUUCUAGAAGUAGACCUUUAUACUAUUCUAUACUAUUCUAUACUAUUCUAUCUGAGGGAGAAAAGGACUGAGGUCUGGAAAGAGAAACUUAAAGAACUCAAGGGUUGAGGUGAGAUUUUUGUUCAACCAUUUGUCUCCCUACAAAUCUCAGUAGGACUUCUUACCAUAGCUAGUACUGUCAAACACUUCCACCAAAGUACUAAGUUACCUGGUUUGGAUUUCACUUGCCAGCACAUACAGUGCUUCUGACUUAAAAGGUGACGGAUAAAAAAAAAAAAAAAAGGUGACAGGACAAGCUGUUGGUGCAAGAGGACAAGGAAUAGACAAGAACCAUGAAGACGCCAGACAGAGCCAGUGUCUGCCUAAUCUCUGGUCAGUUUACCCACAGCAAUUCAGUGAGUCAAAAUGCUCACAAAAGUUGCCCUGGCUGGGUGGCUCAGUUGGUUAGAGCAUCGUCUCAUGUGCAGGAAGGUUGGGGGUUCAAUUCCCAGUUGGGGCAUAUACCUGGGUUGCAGGUUCAAUCCCCUGGUCAGCGCAUACCUAGGAGGCAACCAAUCAACCAAUUGAUGUGUCUCCCUUACAUCGAUGUUUCUCUCUCCUUCUCUCUCCUUCCCUCUCCCUCUCUCCCUCCCUCUAAAAUACAUAUAUAUAUCUAUAUCUAUAAUACUAAAUGCUCACAAAAGGUAAGGCCUUAAGUUUAAUGGAGCCAAUUAGAUGCUACCCCAUCCUUUCUCCAUCUCCACUGGAGUAAAGGACAAAUUUUCUUGAGACAUGGACCAACCUGAAAAGUUUAUUUCAUUUGAUCUAUUUCAGUCAACCAAGUUCAAGGACAUAAUGACUCACUGGACUUGUAUUUUCUAGCUCAACAAAUUGCAAACAGAAUAUCCCAGUACUUUGAGAAAGGCAUUCAAAAGCCACUGUGAAUGCUGGUGUUUGUGCUUUAAAAGUGCAGGCAUGCAAACAAAUUAGCAGUUAACUGAGACAGCACAAGUCUUGCAACUGGCAAGAAAUCCAAGGAAGUUAUGCAUCAGCCAGCAGUAAGGAAGUGUUACUGUUAUACUCAAUCAAAGAUCACCACCAACACUACCUAGCUGGUAUUGAAUUCUCAGCAACACUCUGCCAUCAACGUGCUGACAAAGGAAAAUCACUCUAGGAGGUCAGCAGACCUUAGAGAUAUGCUGGCAUAGUGUCACAUGAUAAGCACAUCCAAUUACAUACCAAACUAAAGAUCUAAAAAAGAUGCAUGCUUGCAUCCAACCUUUUAAUUAUUACUGUGAGACUUGACUCUAUCUCUAAAAUCUGAUUUCUUUAGCACUCAGUAGUAUUUAAAAGCCAGUCUCAACACAAAACAUUAAAAUAAUGCCCACAAGUUCCAUGUGUUACAGCAUGUCUAUUAAUACUGCAGUCAGAUUCACCAUUCCUCAACUCAACAGGGCAACAGCAGGAUUCCUAAAUAGUUAGUGCACAGCAACAGCAAUACAGUACUAAAACAAUAACUACCAACCUCGGAGAAACGACAGCAGACAUUCCACAGAGACUCAGAAGUAAAGAAAGGGAGAUGAAGUCCUGAAGGUUAAGAGCCUCAAGCAGCAACAGAAUCCCAUCAACCAGGGCUACGUGGAUUAACCAGAAGAGUGCAUGUUCUCAAGAGUACCCAAAGUAACUACCUUCUCAACUACAAAUAUAGAAGCAGGUAAUAUUACUGACAAGAGUAGCAUCUUCUACUUUGAAAGUGAACAAUAACUGCCGAAACCGGUUUGGCUCAGUGGAUAGAGCGUUGGCCUGCGGACUGAAAGGUCCCAGGUUCAAUUCCGGUCAAGGGCAUGUACCUGGGUUGCGGGCAUAUCCCCAGUAGGAGAUGUGCAGGAGGCAGCUGAUCGAUGUUUCUCUCUCAUCAAUGUUUCUAACUCUCUAUCUCUCUCCCUUCCUCUCUGUAAAAAAUCAAUAAAAUAUAUUUAAAAAAAAAACACAAAAAGAAAAAGAAAGAGAACAAUAGCCUGAAUAUAAGAAAAACAGCCCUACCCGGUUUGGCUCAGUGGAUAGAGUGUCAGCCUGCAGACUGAAAGGUCCCAGGUUCGAUUCCAGCCAAGGGCAUAUACCUUGGUUGCGAGCACAUCCCCAGUAGGAGGUGUGCAGGAGACAGCUGAUCGAUGUUUCUCUCCCACCGAUGUUUCUAACUCUCUAUCCCUCUCCCUUCCUCUCUGUAAAAAAAUCAAUAAAAUAUAUCUA